CAUCUCAAUCACACACACAUGAACACACUCAAGAAGACAAAAGCAUACACACAUCAAAAGUGAGAACAUCAGAAGAGUUUCAUGAGAAGAGAAGAAAACCUUUGGCUUGUUCCUCUGCUCUCCGUUUUUUUAUUGCCUUGCAUCCCUGAUAUGACCCUGUUCAGUCCAAGAUACAUGAGCAUGAGUGGAGAGUUGAAGUCAAGCCGCUCCAGGGCAACCAGCAAGAGGGCCAGCAACACCACUUAUGGAUCAGAGUUUGAUCUGGACUAUGACAGCUACCACGAAGACUACUAUGACAGGGCAUGUGAUUACCAGCGUGUGCCAGCCUCAAUCUCUCCUCUCCCUUUGGGACCAAGUGGGGCCAAGAGAUCCCGUUACUCCUCCCAUUCCUACUCCAGCAGGCACAGACGCAGUCGAGACAGAACCCACUCUAAAAGCUCCAAAGCCCAGUCCACAAGUUCAAACACAGCCAAGUUGGGGAUGGAGGAGCUACAGGUGAUUAAAAAGGAGCUGACUCUGAUAAAGACACAGAUCGAUGGACUCCUUGAAAGUCUUGACAGGAUGGACACACAGAGGGAUGACCAGAAAGACUCUCCCCUGAGAGAGGACAGUCCGCUCAGUCUGUCCUAUGACGUGACGGCCAGCAGUCCGGAGCAUUCCCUUUCUUCCCUUUCCCCACCUAGUUCCCAUCAUCGGAUCAGGGAAAGCCCAGACAUGAAGAUGAGCAGCCACAGCUUUGACCCCGAGGAGGAGAUAUGACGGACAAAUAUGAGGAAAGAGUAAAAGAUGGGGGUUAGGUGCCAAACAUGGAUGAAGAGAACCGUAAACCUUCAAGUUAAUGCCCACCAACAAAGCCUAACUCACCGCAGGCUGGACAUAUCAGAUCAGAUUCCGUAUUUAUUGUUACCACAGCUGCUUGGUUUAAUCUAACCUAGAAACAAGGAUGCAACAAAAAAAAAAAAACAUGUGAAUUAA